AUGAAAUUGCCUCCAACGAUUAUGAAGCUGAUACUAAGAGAGGUUCACUUUCGUUUCCAUAUUUGUUGGGGUUGGUUUACAUUUUGUUAUUUAAGACAACAUUCUAAGAUGAACAAUUAUACUGGACAAUAUGGAUACAUGUUUCCGAUGCAACCAAAUUAUGCUUGGGGUUCAAACCAAGUGCAUACACCUGUUCAAGAGCCACAAUAUACCUAUGGUUAUGAAUCGACUAACCAGCAUCCCCCUCCGUACACUGACUAUAUGGGACCUCAGGUACAAGAUUAUGAAUCGCCUGUUAAUGAUUUUAAUGGUCAGUAUGGAUAUUCUACUAAUUCUACACCUACCCAACCUGGUUAUAGUGGUCAAUGGGGUGGGAAUCAAUUCCAAACUCCAUCACAUGAUUCAAGUUAUUGGUAUCAUUCUCGUGAGCCACCAAUCAAUAGUCAACCACGAUAUCAACCUCCUCCGUCUACGCCUAUACUUGAACAAAAUCGAAAACCUAAACUACGAAUAUAUUGUAAAUACUGUGAUGUAGCAUUCACGGAUGAGCACACUUAUUCCAUACAUUUGGAUACUGAAAGGCACAUCCGUAAUUUUAAACGUAGCUUUAAUACAACUGAAGAUAGAAGGGGUAAGGGAAAGUCUAGAAGUGACUACCGCAGAAAUAAUAACAGAAACAGAAAACCUAAUUUCUACUGUGAAGAUUGUAAACGAUCAUUUCAAAGAAAAGAACAAUAUCUUGAUCAUAUCACAGCAGAGGGACAUAUGAAAAAGUCUGAUCGUAACAAAAAUGAGUCAGACGAAGGAGAAGCUAAAAAGGCUCCAAGACGUACAGAUUAUUGUGACGUAUGCGAACAAACAUUUCAAAAUGGUCGCCACUUUUAUGCUCAUCUAAAGUGGAAAAAGCAUAAACGUCUUUGUAGAGUUGCUCGGCUUUUAAGAGGACAACUGAAAAAGACACCGGAAGAAGUUGCUAAUGAUCCAUUGGGUUCAUUCACAUUAUAUAUGAAUAAAGACUGCUCUGUUCCAUAUGGGAACUAUGGAGACUGUAAGGAAGUCGAAUUGGAUGCUGGAAAUGCAUUUUUGCAAAAAUUCCUCGACUUGAAACAUUUAAUCUCUCAAGAACCAAAUCCAGUUGGCGAGGAAUUUAUUCAGGAGCAAGUAUACAAUACACGAGAUUUGGAAUAUAGCUGUUCACUCUGUAAAGCGGAUUUAAUUGGAGCUGAUGAUAUAGAAAAUCAUCUACGUACUCAUACACAUCAAAAGAAAUAUAAGGAGAAAUUUAAUUUGGAGGAAUUUGCAUUUGAAGAAGAAAUGAGAUUGUCUGCAUCCGAUUCGGUUUUUGCUGUAUGGAAAACAUGUCAGUCCAGAGCUAGUAAAGAAUUGGCAAGAAUUAUCGGGGAAAAAGGUUUUCAUUUAUGUGUUUGUGGUUUCCGUAUUACUUGCUAUGAUGAUAUGCGAAAACACUUUCCAAUUAAAUACUAUGAUAUUCAUCCACGAAUUCGUUCAUGGAAAAAAAGUUUAGAAAAAUGUAUUCGAUCGCGUGCUGAUCGUCAUAGGAUCGAUUAUAGAGAUUGCUACACUAUUCUAACUUUAUUUGGACUCCCCAGCCAUGUAAUUGAUAUGAAGAGAGAACAUGCUUUAGAAACUGCCAAAGCUAAACUGUUAGAAGAUUCUACAAAAGAAGAGUCAGCAACAGAUGCUCGUGGAGACGGUGAAGACGAAGAUGAGGAGGAAAAUGACGAUGAAGAAGAAGAGGAAGAAGAACGAAAGUCAGUCAAGGAAGAUGAACCUCCUAAAGACCCUACAUCAAAUACAGAGUGUGUUGGGGAUACACAUACGGAAUCGUCGUAG